CUGGCCUCCUCCUCUCAUACGCAUCGUUUCAUCUCUGUUCACUCCCUCCUUGAGGUCAUCUGAUCCAUUGAUUGCUGUAUAUAUAGGGUCCUCAGCCUACGGGAGCAGAGUCAGAGUGAUGCGAAGGAGUUCGGCGACGCCGGCCCCCUGAAGACCUUAGAAGGAUCAUGCAGUGCCUGCGAACUCCUCUUUCGGAUCUCUCCGUGUUGGAGAGGCAGAGAACGCGUGCGGAGUGGCAGCAACAGGGGCAAGAGCAGUCGGAUUACCAUCCCUACGAUGCCGAUUUCUGCAUGCAAAAUCUCCUUCCCGUGGAGACCUCCUUCCGGGCGCUCCACAGCUGCAGCGGCGGGGGGGCGAACGAGAAUCACGGCAACGUUCAUGGAUCGAAUGACUGCUUCAGCAACGCGUGGCCGGAUAUAGUUUCGAGUAUGCAUUGUCCUGUUGUCGGUGCCGCUGCUAGUGUCGAGGAAACGAGCGUCAAUGCGAGCAGCAGCAGCAGCUCGAGGAAGAGAAAGUCCGAGAAUACUCGGAGAUCGAAGGAGAAUAGUGGUGGUAGUGAUGGCAAAGAUGAUAGCAACUGCAAGAGAAUAAAAGAAGAGACAGGAGGAGGAGCAGCACCACCGGAGGCCAAACGACCGAACAAGAGAAAGGAAGAAUCUGCGGACGCCUCGAAGGAGAAUGACAAGGCGCCCAAGUCGGACUACAUUCAUGUAAGAGCUCGACGGGGUCAGGCCACAGACAGUCAUAGCUUGGCCGAAAGAGUGAGAAGGGAGAGGAUCAGCCAGCGGAUGAAGUACCUCCAGGAUUUGGUGCCCGGAUGCAGCAAGAUCACAGGGAAAGCGGGCAUGCUAGAUGAGAUCAUUAACUACGUUCAAUCUCUCCAAAGACAAGUGGAGUUCCUAUCCAUGAAGCUGGCUGCUGUGAAUCCAAUGAUGGACAUCAACAUCGACAGCUUCUUCGGCGGCAGAGAGAUAAAUCCGACCUGCAAAUCGGGCAUCAUUCCCAUGAUCGGCAUGUCGUCCGAGCUAUUGGACCAGUCCUACCUUCAAUUCGGCUCCUUGCAGCAUGACAUGUUCAUGGAUUCUUUGGAUUUAUUGCUUCGUCCGAACGUCAACCCGCCGGCGGCGGUUUCUGAUACAUCCCUCGGAUCAUGUUUGAAUGUCAAUGGGUCUUCGGUUUGGAAUACAAACCUGCAGAACGUGUACGGUGUGGAAUUCCAGCUAGGAAGAGGGACAGCCCUCCCCUUUCAAUCAUUGCAAGGUAAUCUUUUACCUAACAAUCUCAAGAUGGAGAUGUGAUUGCUAAUCCACCUCACUGGAGUUGGGAGUAUUCCUACCAUGCUCGGAAAUGUAUUCGUUCGCGCUGCAGCAAUACGAAUAUUAUGUAUCAUAUUGACCAUCAUCGUGUUGGUGUACCUAAUAAAAGGAUUCGAACUGACUCAA